AUGGCCAACUCGGACAAGGACUCUAAGGACAUCAAUGUCAACCCCGCGACACCGGCACCCGUUGUCAGUGUCGAGCAGCUGCAACUGCUGAUCGCCCAGCUUCGCGUUUUUGCGGAGCAGGAGGAGGACCGCCAAAUAUGGGAGGCUGUGGACAUGCCUACGCGCGGAGAGCCGAGGGGUGGCCAGACUGCGUCUGACAGGACCCAUCAGGAACAUGCAGAUGGAAAGGGACCCCCGCCGCAUAUUGCAGCACCUCAGCCGACUGCGUUGGCUGCUGGGUGUGGUGUCGGCGGGCAUGGUGUCGGCGGGCAUGGUGUCGGUGGGCAUAGCGGCGGCGGCCCCAUCAGUGGCGGCCCCGGCGGCGGCUUCCCGAGUGGUGGAGGUGGUGGUUGCGGCGGCUCCGGCGGCACUCGACCAUCAUGCGGUUGUGGCCCUGGUGUGGACGGCGGCAGCGAGAGUGGUGUCCGCUGGUACUGUGUGACCAGAGGCCGUGCUGUCGGUGUUUUCGCUGGCUGGCCAAACGUGUCGCCCCUUGUCACCGGCGUACCUAAUGCCGUGUUCCAGCGUUACCCGACGUUUGCUGUGGCGUUGGCAGCUUUCGUGGAGGCGACGACCAAUGGUACUGUGUUCCUCUUCCUGUAG